AUGACGCAACAUGCACUGAGCCGAGAAACUAUAAACAAGGAGGUCAAGCACAUCUACAUCGCUGGGAACCCAUUAGAUGUCUGCGUCUCGCAGUUUCGCAUGACUACAAACGUCAGCAGCUACCUUUUCGAGAACGGCACAUUCGAAGAGUUCUUCGAACCUUUCAUCGAGGGAGACUUGAGCUACGGGAGCUACUUUCACCACGUGGCGUCAGUGCGCGCCAUCAAAGACAAACCAAACUUCUCUUUCGUGACUUAUGAAGAGCUCAACAAGGACAUUACAGGCACAGUUUUGAAAUUGGAUAGCUUUUUGGGUGAGAGGUACGAGAGCGUUCUGCUGGAAAACUUGCAAAUGCUACAGAAUAUCCUCAAAUGGUCCUAA